AUCUGGCAGAUGGCCGAUGACGCUAGUCCCCGGGCGAGAAGCUUAGACAACAUUGAUAUUUCGAGGAUGCCACUCUUAAAAUACUCUACCCACUAACAAUGCAGAGUUUACGAGCGAGCAAAUCCUCGCAUCGAUGCUCAUCACCAUCUCCUCCCCUGCUUCCGCCUUAUAACUGCAUCUAACUCCCUGCUAUCACCAAUAUCUCCUAUCUCCAUCCCUUCCUCCCGCAGUUAUGAUCGGAGAUAAGCCAGCACCACCAGUCAAAAAAACCAGAGCCCGCAGACCAAAAGUCAAGACUGGCUGCAAAACAUGCAAGCUCCGCGGCGUCAAAUGCGACGAAGCAAAGCCCAUAUGCCGCCGCUGCAUCUCCACGGGCCGUACCUGUGACGGCUAUGGCAUCUGGGGCGGAGGGGGUAACGCCUACGGCAGCGUCUCUCGCAUUACCAACUCCUCCCGUUCCCCUAGCUCCCUGCCCUUAACCACUAUCACCACAACCACUAUCACCACUAGCACCUGCACCCCCGGGCCCCUAACAAGCACCCGCACCCUCCCCCCCUUGCUCGGCGCAACAACCCAACACGAACACCGCGCAUUCGAGUACUUCUUCCACCGCACCUCUCGCAAGCUCCCCGGCAUCUUCGACUCCCCCUUCUGGUCCACCCUCGUCUUCCAAGCCAGCGCCUGCGACCCCGCCGUCCUCCAUGCGCUCAUCGCCCUCGGCGCCGUGGAUCUGGGGAAAGCGACGCGCGAGCUGGCGUGCGCGGCGGAGAGGGUGAGGGGGUAUGAGAGGGUGGCGCUGGUGCAGUAUAAUAAGGCUAUUGUGAGUUUGGGGGUCCAUUUUAGAAGGGGGGGUGGGGAUGCGAGGAGGGUGGCGCUGAUCACUUGUAUGUUGUUUAUUUGUAUUGAGUUGCUGAGGGAGAGGUUUAAGACGGCGAAAACGCAUCUUGGAAAUGGUCUUAAGUUGCUCGGUGAGAUGAGGCGGGGAGAGGGGGGGAGGAAAAGGGGGGGUGAGCUGGUGGUUAAUACGGAAUUGGAGUCGGUGGAUGAUUACCUCGUUGAGGCGUUUACGAGGUUUAAUAUCCAUUCCUCCCUCUUUGGUCAGGAUAACAUCCUCCUCUACACCAUCGCUCCGCACCCCUCAUGCGCCGACCACGCCAUCCCGCGCGCCUUCACCACUUUCCGCAUAGCGCGCCUCUACCUCGACACUCUCAUAAACGCCAUCUACAACCUCGCUCACCAAGUCGCUUCUCUCUCCCCCGCCUCCCCAAUCCCAAAACACUACACAAACACCCAAUCGCACCUUCGCUCAUCCCUCGAUCAGUGGCUAAAGGCAUUCCAAACAAGCCUCCCCACACUCACAACCCACCACCCCCUUAUCGCCCCCCUCGUCACCCCGCUCCUCCACACAUACUACACCAUGUCCACCAUCACCCUGUCCACCUCCCUCUCUCCCCGAGACGAACUAAUCUACGACUCCCACACCGCGGCGUUUGAAUCCAUGAUCAGCCUCAUGCGCGGCGUGUUUGAGACGAUUUUAUCAGCACACGCGCCGCUGGGGGAUGAGAUACCGGACCCGCCUGGGUUCACGGCGGAUAUGGGGUUCAUACCGCCUCUGUUUUUUGUGGUGCUUAAAUGCCGUGACAGGGUCGUGAGGAGGGAGGCACUAGAGCUGCUUGAUGGGGCGCCGCAUAGAGAGGGGUUGUGGGAUGGGAUUAUGGCGGGGGGAGUGGGGAGGAGGGUUGUGGAGAUUGAGGAGGGCGGGAGUUGGGGGGAUGAGAAGGGGCAAGGGGAGGUGGUGGUGCCAGGGUGGGCGAGAGUGUAUGAUGUUAGGGUUGUGUUGAGGGAUGGGUGGGAGGGGAAGGCGGAGUUGAGGUUUAGACGCUGUGGGGAGGGGGGGGGGGAGAGGGUGGAGAGCGCGGAGGUGGAGGUGGAGUUUGGGAGUAUUUCGUCGGGGAGGUUGGGUAAGUGUAUGUUUACGGGGAGGUAG